AUGACUAUGACACUGGACUCAUCACAACAACGAUUCGGCCCCUUGAACUUGGACCCGAUGUCUUCCUACCAAGCUUCCUCCUCCGCUGCCCCCCAGUUCUCCAAUCCUUGGGGUUCCUCUUCGUCACCGCCCAACAACAGCCAUGCUCUGUACGUCAAUGGCCACCAGGGCCUUCACCCGGGUCUCGGUCCCCUGGACAGGGCGCAUGCGCGCGCCAGCACCAGCAGCUCCGCGUCGUCCCUUGGUUCCUACGGCCAGAUUCCCGUCACAGCAGCUUCAGCAGGUAGCCUCCCCAUGGCAGACCCUCUGCCCAGACCGGAUCUACUCACACUUCCUCAAGAUGUCAUGAGCAUCAGCCGGAUGCACGCAACCACCGCCGCCCCUUACACAGACGCCAGCAGCAGCUACGCCUCGUCCGCGUCUCCAGUCAACGCCUCUUACACAGCAUCCCCCGCACCCUACGAGUCUAUGGGUUACGCCCCAGCACCGCCCGUGAGGUCGGCCUUUGCCCUUGCUCCUGAGCACGACCACUCCAGGAGAUUCUCACACCCGUCAGUACCCUCUGCCUCGCCAUACGGCGGUCCCGAUUCGACAAUGAUGUCCAGACCGCAAAGAGCAUCAUUGAUUGACUUUGACCACAGAGGGAUUCACGACGAGAGGAGGAGUUUCGCAGACGCCAUCGAUGCCGGCCACGGCAUGCUGGCCAUGAGCCAGGAGACACCGCGACCCAUCUAUGGCACCCGUACCGACAGGAGCUCGCAAGACUCCUACGGCUUCCCCUCCACCCACUCCACUAGCUCGUCCGUCUCUUCGGCUGGCGGGUUUGGAAACUACUAUGGCGCAGACUCCGUCAGCGACUACUCAACGUCCGACAUUGAGUCGGUCACGUCUCGCACCCUACCCCGCCCUCACGGCCUCCUGAACCAAGCUCCGCCAGCUCCCCAGUCCAUGAUGGGUCAGUUCAGUUCCAAAGUAUCUUCGAGCACGCAGAAGAAGCACAAGUGCAAGGUGUGCGACAAGCGCUUCACGCGCCCCUCAUCACUCCAAACACACAUGUACAGCCACACUGGCGAGAAGCCGUUUGCAUGCGAGGUCGAAGGAUGCGGCCGUCACUUCUCCGUGGUCUCCAACCUUCGCCGUCACAAGAAGGUACACAAAGGCGAUGCGAGGUCCGAAGCUGGCUCCGAGGAUCAUCAGUCCGACUAA